AUGAGGUGCAUUGCUCAUAUAUUCAAUUUAGUGGUGCAAAAAGGCUUGAAAGAGAUUGGACCUUCGGUGAAGAAAAUCAGAAAUGCAGUUCGGUUUAUUAGGCACUCAUCUACAAGGCUGGGUAGAUUUAAGGAGUGUUGUGAACUAGAAAAAAUAUCUAGUAAGAGCAUGUUGUGCUUAGAUGUUGCAACUGGAUGGAACUCAACAUUCUUCUUGUUGGAAGCUGCGACAACUUUUGAGAAAGCUUUCUAUAGGUAUGAGUUGAUAGACUCAUCAUAUAAAAAGGAUCUUGAAGUAAGGCAUAAGGAUCUUGAAGUAAGGCAUAAGGAUCUUGAAGUUGAUGAUGAUGAUGAUGAUGAGGAUGAGGAUGAGGAUGUGGAUGGAGGUAGAGUUCACGGGGUGCCAAAAGAGGAAGAUUGGAGGAAAGCAAAAUUAAUGUUGAAUUUCUUGAGGAUUUUUUAUGAGGCAACUAAUAGGAUUUCUGGAUCUUUAUAUGUUACCUCUAAUUUAUUUCUUCAUGAGAUUUACAAAGUGCAUGCAUUGUUGAAGGCUUUCAUAGAGGGUGAUGAUUUUGAAUUGAGUAUCAUGGCAAAGAAAAUGAAAGAAAAAUUUGACAAGUAUUGGGGGAAUCCUAGGAAGAUGAAUAAGCUCAUUUUCAUGGUUGUUGUUGUUGAUCCUCGAUACAAGUUGAAGUUGGUGAAACUUGUGUUGGCACAUAUGUACGAUGAGGAGUUGGCUAACUCAUUUGGAAAUGAAGUUGAGGCUGAAUUAGUUAACAUGUGUGGUGAUUACAAACAACCAAUUGUCCAACAAAAUAUAGGACAUGCAGAGUUGAAAUUGGAUGUUACACCUGAAGAUAAUGAUGUAUUGAAGAAUGCUAUGAAAAUGGUGGGUUCCUUGUAUGAGACUUUUCACCAAAGGCAUGAUGAAGUCAAUGAUGUACAUAAAUAUCUUAAGGAGGAUAUUGAGAGUGGUGGGCCAAAAUUUGACCUUUUGGAUUGGUGGAAAAAUAAUGAAUAUAAAUAUCCUGUACUCUCCCAAUUUGCCUGUGAUAUUCUAGUAGUUCCUAUCUCCACUGUAGCAUCUGAGUCCGCUUUUAGCACCGGUGGCUGA